AAAAUAUUUAAGCGGCUGUCACUGUCACAUCAAUAAAAUGUUUAUACGUUAACAACAAUUCCGCGGAAUUAUACGUAAUCUUUUAGUUUCAGUUAUUAUUUUUUGAAUGUGCGACGAAAGUUCUACUUAUAAAAGAUGUUUCGUUUAUCUCCGUUAAUUUUUUGCAUCGUUUCACUGCUUGUUUUCCGUCCAAUAUGGGGAGAAACGGAACGAAACGUAACAGAACCGAUUAAAAUUCCUAUUUUGGAACCAAUUGAUAUUAAAAAUGUUACCAAGGACGCGAUUAAAAACGAAUCGAAAGAGGUGAUUAUAAAACCACUGAAAAGUAUUUUGGUAUCGGAUAAUGGAACAGUGAGAGAAGAAAAUAGGACCAAACCUGAAAUUAAUAAUAAACCUAGUAUUACGAAACCUGUUAUAGAAUUAGAAAAUACUCAAACUCAUCUUGACAAUAAUAAAACAACAAAAAGUAUUGAAACAAAUUCUACAUCUGCAAGUUCUAUGCAUGUUACUGUAGGUAGAAAAGGUGUUUUGAAUGAAAGUACAAUAAAACCAAGUAAUAUUACAUCUUUGCCAGUAAACAUUACAACUGAAAAACCUAGUUCAACCACAGUUCCUACAAAACCUAAAAAACCUACAGUAACAAUUAGAGGAGAUGAUGAAGGCCAAAUAGAACAAAAAUCAAAGAAUGGAUCUUCAGAUAAAUUCCCAAGCAUUGAAUACUUCCAAAGGCACAAAGAACAAAUUAACAAAGCCGAUUUUGUUAUUCCAAUUGUUGCAGUGAUAUUAUCAGUGCCUGUUGUUGCUAUUGUUAUUAACAUUUUAUAUAAAAGAGGAAAAGAAUGGUGGUCACACAGACAUUAUCGCAGAAUGGAUUUUCUUAUUGAUGGAAUGUACAAUAAUUAAUGUGCAUUUAUAAAGCCAAAUAGAUUUGAUAUAUUUUUUUAGAUAAAAAGCUGUUAAUUGUUAUACAUGUAAUUUUUAAUUAAUAUAUUGAUAUGAGAAGUUUUAAAGGUUGUGAGUUGAAGAAGGUGCAAUUUUUUGGGCAAUGAGUUUCUUGUGAUAUAUGUUUAUAUUUUCUUAUGAUAUGUAUUACUAUUUAGACAAUAAAUUUUUACUAACACAUAAA